AUGGAGGAAAAACUCCCAGUUCUUGAAACUGCACUGAAUCAACAAGGUGGGCUUACAAGAAGAGGUCAGUGUUGCACCAGUGCAGUAUUGACACAAUGGGAAGCAUCAGUGGCACAAAGUAAAACUGCCUGUAAUUCAAACUCACAAACUGAGAUCUUUGAUGCAGCUCCUCUGGAAAAAGAUAACAAGGCUGAGAAACGUUUGAUGGAGCUGGAGGUUAUCAAUAAUGAAGACAAGUUGGAUGAUGAUGAAAGAGUUGUUGAAGAGGAUGAAGAGGAUGGUGAAGAGGAUGGUGAAAAUGAAGGGCUUCACAAUUGA